AUGAGCACCAGAACAUCGCAGUGGCCAGGCGAGUUUGAGAUCCCGAAGUUCUCGGUUGAUGUGGAGUACCGUCUUCGCCAAGGGAACCUGCUGUAUCUCAGGGAUGGAGCUAAUCUGAAGGUGACCAAAGAACUUAAACAUGACAUUCUGCAAAAAUUGGCUGAAACUAUGUACACGUUUCAACCCUAUCCGGACCCCGGAAACUUUGAAGAGGUUGCAAAAGCCUUAGUUCAGACUCAUCCGUGUCUGAAAGAACGAGGUUCGUCUAGUGGCUUCGCUGGAUGGGUCAAUAGCCUGAAGUUCAAAAUGGGCAACUACCGGACCAAACUCAGACAGAUGGGACGACGUGACGUAACCGUUAACAGCAGGAGGCGUGGCGGGAUGUCUCCAGAUGGUGAGCACCCUCGCAAGAACAUCAAGAAAGCAAAGAAGGGGGAACUCAACUUCUUACCAGAUUUCCCAGACGGGAUGGACGAGGACAAGCUGGAGGAGCUCCGUCAGCAUCUCGCACAUGAAAUGAAGAAGGCCCAUCCGAGUACGGCCAUUGUCAACAGGUACAUGGACCUCACCUUUGCCUUGCGCCGGAAGGAAGCAGUCCACGACAAGCCACCAAUUGCUGAAAUAUUGCACAGAUGGCCUGCCCUAUUCACAGAGAGUCAGAUUUGCUACGAGUUCAACAGAAUCGUCGGCAAGAAUCUCAGCAUCAGUUUUUUGCAAGCCCUUGACCAGAUCGCCCCCAACAUGAUUGAGAUCUUCAAAAAGAAAACCGGUACCAUGGGCCAGAAGCUGAAUCAGAUUAUUCUAGAGGCAAAGACAACUACACCAACAGACAUUAGGUGCCUGGUUCUACGUGGACUUCCAGUCAUCUUGGGUGAUGAUCCAGGAGUCUUCUUUAGGACCAGCUCUGAUGCCACUGAUGAAUUAGUUGGUGAAACGGCCGUGGGCCUACUCAUGUCUCCAGCUGACGGUGCUCACCAGCCACCAUCCUGCAGCCACCAGCCACCAUCCUCUGGAGUGGCCAUCAUUCUGGAGGGGAGCAUCCUGAUGGCUGACAUUGAAACUCUGCCCCAAGCUUUUUAG